CACCUCCACCACCCCCCAACAAAUGCCAAUGGUAACUGGAGAGUGGAGUAGUGAGGAAAACACUGUGUUCGAAAACGCCCUGGCCGAGGUGGACCACUCCUCUCCGAACUUCUUCGAGAGCCUCGCUGCCAAGGUCCCAUGGCGCUCCCUUGACGACGUCAAGCUCCACUACGAGGCACUGCUGCACGACCUCGAGCUCAUCGAAUCCGGCCACUUCCCCAUCCCUGACUACCCCCCUCUCGACGCCGGUGAGAUGGAUCCCAACGACCAAAUCCUCGACGACAUCCGUGGCAAAUCUGGCCAGCCACGCCGCAGAGGCAUCCCAUGGACUGAAGAAGAACAUCAGCUGUUUCUGAUGGGGCUGAACAAGUACGGGAAGGGCGACUGGCGUAGCAUCUCCAGGUACUACGUCGUCACCAAAACCCCAACUCAGGUGGCCAGCCACGCCCAGAAGUACUUCCGGCGCCAGACCAGCUCCACUCCGGCCGACCGCCGCCGCCCCAGCAUCCACGACAUCCACACCGUGAAUCCUGGCGCCGCCACCCUGAACGCGCCGCCGCUCCCCCUGCCAUUCCCGCCUCUAGCCCUAAUUCCCAACAUUCACCAGCCCUAUGCUGCCCCGGGCCUCGGCCUCGCUGUGGAUCCGAAUCAGGGCUUCAUGCCGCCCAUCAGCGCCCCCUCUCACGCGGUCUACCACCAGACCGCGCCUGCUUCGUACCCGUCCUCCUCCUCGGCCCCACCCAGCUUCCCCCCCAACCAGUACUGGGGGUGAAGGAAGGAAGGAGUGUGUUUGUGGUCUUUUUAAAUAAGAAG